GCGGGGCAUUCUGGACCUGCGUUGCCUUAGGCUGUGCCUAACUUGAAACCAAAGCGCGGGACGGGGGAAAGUACGGGACGCGAGAAGUUGCUCGCGCCGUAGGAGUUAAGCGAAGUGUGGUGGCGUCCGAGGAAUACAAACAUAAAGGCCCUCGACCGUUGCAAACAGACUAGAGAAAAGUGAAAACAAAUCUGAAUGAAGAUGAAGUUUUUUCAGACCAUCUGCAGGCAGCUCAGGAGUUCAAAGGGGUUUUCUGUGGAAUCAGCUUCCCCUGUGGCUUUCUCUACUUCCUCUUACUCAUGUGGCCGGAAGAAAAAAGUGAACCCAUAUGAAGAAGUGGACCAAGAAAAAUACUCUAAUUUAGUUCAGUCUGUCUUGUCAUCCAGAGGCCUCGCCCACACCCCUGAAUCCUUGUUGGAGGAAGAUGCUUUACUCUAUGGGCCUGUGAUCAGGCAUAAGCCCCCAAAGCAAGAUGAGGACACACGAAUGCCACAAAACUGGUUUCCCAUCUUCAAUCCAGAGAGAAAUGAUAAAUCAAAUGCAAGUGAUCCUUCAGUUCCCUUGAAAAUCCCCUUGCAAAGGAAUCUUAUACCAAGUGUGACCCGAGUGCUUCAGCAGACCAUGACGAAACACCAGGCUUUCUGGUUGGAGAGGUGGAAACAGCGGAUGAUUCUGGAACUGGGAGAAGAUGGCUUUAAAGAAUAUACUUCAAACAUCUUUUUACAAGGGAAACAGUUCCAUGAAGCCUUGGAAAGCAUACUUUCACCCCAGGAAACCUUAAAAGAGAGAGAUGAAAAUCUCCUCAAGUCUGGUUACAUCGAAAGUGUUCAGCAUAUUCUGAAAGAUGUCAGUGGAGUGCGAGCUCUUGAAAGUGCUGUUCAACAUGAAACCUUAAACUAUAUAGGUCUGCUGGACUGUGUGGCAGAAUAUCAGGGCAAGCUGUGUGUGAUUGACUGGAAGACAUCAGAGAAACCAAAGCCUCUUCUUCGAAAUACAUUUGACAACCCACUGCAAGUAGUGGCGUACAUGGGUGCCGUGAACCAUGACACCAAGUACAGCUUUCAGGUGCAGUGUGGUUUAAUUGUGGUGGCCUACAAAGAUGGAUCUCCUGCCCACCCACAUUUCAUGGAUGAGGAGCUCUGUUCCCAGUACUGGGCCAAGUGGCUUCUUCGACUAGAAGAAUAUACAGAAAAGAAAAAGAACCAGAAUAUUCAGAAACCAGAAUAGGGAACAGGGUGCUGUUUGGGAACAUUCAGCAGCUUCUCACAGUUUGGGGACAUAUACUGCCGUUUACUGCAGUGUAAAAGUGAGAUGCCACUAGGUCUCAGUGCUACACAAACACAAUAGAAGUAUUAAUUUGUUGAAAUGUAUUACUACCAACAAGACUGAAAAGCCCAAAAAGUCUAGAUGUAAAGAGCUGGACUUCGGCACAUGAAAUCCCAGCUGUGCUACUCUUAUUUACCCGAAAGGAGGACACGCAGGAAGGACAGUCACACUGGUGACUCUUGGACGUCUUUGAGAGACCUUUUUGUGUCCCAGGCAGAAUGUCCAGUCUUUGUGCUGAGAUUAGAAGGCAGUAAGGCUGAGGGUGCCAACCAUUUCCCCAGGGUUCACCAGAGGGGAAGGGGCCACACGCCCCCAGGUAGGACAGGGAGCCUGCGGGGAGGACAUGUCAGCCAACUACCGCUGCCAACACCAGGGCCUAAGAGUUGUUUCAUACAUUGGGGUUUUCUGUAUAUUUCAGUUGGGAAAAGCUUAUGGUUAACCUUUUAAGAAAAAUAAAUACGUGAUUAUUUAGCCUCAAGUAAAGUUGCUGUCUAUAAAGCCAGUAUAUUCACCAUGUCGCUGGCAACAGGCCUUGGCAUAACACCAAAUAACCCCCAGAGGCAGCCAGAGCCCAGUUUGAACAUCACAAUUGUGUUUUAGUGCCAUUUCUGGCAUAAGUCAGCGGAUCAUGGAGGUAGAGUCAAUUAUUGUUUGUGGCGUUUUUCAGCUGUAGAGGAACUAUAAAAUCCAUUUGUUUCUAUUUGAUAGAUAAUAAAAAUUAUCAGUUGUCACUGGGUUUGGGAAAUUUAAAUGCCCAUUUCAGCCCUGGGGAAGGGCUUUCUGUCUUAUGGAGUGAGUCCGUUAGCAUUUAAGUUAUAGUUGCUGCCUUGAAAUGGUAGGCUGUUACAAUGACUUCUUUGGGUAGCCAUUUUCAUAAGAAAUAAAAUACAGGAUAUGAGUAAUGAA